AUGUCGGUCCGGCCUUUUUUCUCGCGCCCAGUUCCAAAUGUCCCAACGGAUCGGGCACUUAUUUUGGCACAUUCUCUCGAUACAUCCCCCAUUUUAGCGGUGCCGUGGAACAGGAGAAACACACACCAAGUGGUAGAAACAUACUGNGGAUGUCCACCGAAAAAGGGCACCGGAUACGGCUAUGUGGGAGUGACGAUCAACAAAUUUCCACCGUAUUUAUCAUCACCCUAUUUGGAUACACUGGCACCGAUCAAAGAACAAAAUGAACAGCACAGACAAUUACUUGGCGGUCGACGGGAAUUUAUCACUACCGGUCAUGUGGAACUGUUCGAACCGAACCCGUACAAAUCUUCCGGGAAAACCCGAUCGCUGCCGGAUAUCGGGAGCAAUCGGGUGCGAAAUGCGGCUCCAAAUCCGAUCAUAUUUCGUCCACCGAAUCCGCCCAAAACACCCGGGGGAUGUUACGCGGGCACUUUCAAUCCGUUCCCGCCGCACGAACGAAAUCCGUACGUGGACCCGUACCGGAUUCAGACAAAACCUAAAGAAUCACGAAUCUUUUUGCCCUCGUUUGUCACAAAAUCCACGCGUACGUCAUCUAUUCUGAACGUGAAUGUAAACAAAUUUGUUACCCCGCGAAAUUACAAAACCGUGACUAAAGUUUUGAACAUCAGCAGCUAA